AUAGGAAAAAGUUUAUCCAUCAAUCAAUCAUCGCUUUCGGCCGCUCUGUUUUCCUUUACAGUCCACGGUUCUCUCUCCCUCCGAUUUCCAGAAUCCCUCCGAGUCCGAAACCCAAAACCUCAAUCUCCUCGAUCGGCUUCAUCGAUUUUCGGCGGCCAAUACGAGGUUUCGGUUGUACUACUCCCGUGGCUGAUUGAUCAGGGUUGUGUUUUUAGGGUUUCGUUCGCUCGAUCGGUAAGUGUAGGUGAUGGCCGUGCUGUUAGAGGACAUCAUCCAGUCAGUCGAACUCUGGCUCAAGCUCAUCAGGAAGCCCCAGCCCUACGUUGACCCCAACCUCGACCCCGUCCUUCUCGUCCCCGGCAUCGCCGGCUCCAUACUGCAGGCUGUGGACGCCAGCAACGGCCGCGAAGAGAGGGUCUGGGUCCGGAUUUUCGGGGCCGACUACAAGUUCCGGACUAAGCUGUGGUCCCGCUUUGACCCUUCUACUGGUAAGACUGUAUCUCUGGACCCGAAGACGAAUAUCAGGGUGCCUGAUGAGAGAUAUGGACUUCAUGCAAUUGAUGUAUUGGACCCUGACAUGGUCAUUGGAAGAGAUUGUGUAUGCUAUUACCAUGAUAUGAUAGUUGACAUGAUCAAAUGGGGUUUUCAAGAAGGAAAGACAUUGUUUGGAUUUGGAUAUGAUUUCCGGCAAAGUAACAGAUUUCACGAGACCUUGGAGCGCUUAGCAGCAAAGGUAGAAUUUAUUUAUAAUGCUUCUGGAGGAAAGAAGAUAAAUAUCAUAAGCCACUCCAUGGGGGGUCUAUUGGUGAAGUGUUUUAUGUGCCUUCACAGUGAUAUUUUUGAGAAAUAUGUAAAGAGUUGGGUCGCUAUAGCUGCACCAUUUCAAGGUGCCCCAGGAUACGUGACAUCCACCUUUUUAAAUGGGAUGUCCUUUGUGGAUGGGUGGGAACAAAAUUUUUUCAUUUCAAAGUGGAGCAUGCAUCAGCUGCUGAUUGAGUGCCCCUCAAUAUAUGAGCUCAUGGCUUGUCCAAACUUUCACUGGCAACACAUGCCAGUUCUAGAAAUCUGGAGGGAAAAGCAGGACACAGAUGGUGAUUCUCAUAUUGUAUUGGAAUCUUUCACCCCAUCAGAGAGUACUUAUAUAUUCCAGGAAGCACUUUCAGAUAACACAGUUGACUAUGAUGGAGAGAGUAUCCCACUACCAUUUAAUGUGGAGAUCUUGAAAUGGGCAAAUGAAACUCGCAAAAUAAUGUCUUCAGCCAAAGUUCCCCCUGGAGUAAAAUUUUACAACAUAUAUGGGACCAAUCUCGAAACACCGCAUAGUGUAUGCUAUGGAAGCGAGGAGAUGCCAGUGACAGAACUACAGGAAAUGCAAUUUUGCCUGCCUACUUAUGUAUGUGUCGAUGGGGAUGGAACAGUUCCUGCAGAGUCAGCUAGGGGGGACGGUUUGAAAGCUGAGGCAAGAGUUGGGGUUCCAGGAGAGCACCGAGGGAUCCUCUGUGAUCACCAUGUGUUCCGCAUCCUCAAGCACUGGCUCAAUGCAGACUCUGACCCUUACUACAACCCACUCAACGACUACGUAAUCCUUCCCACGACAUUCAAGAUGGACAGCCUCCAGGAGAAGGGCGUAAGUGUGACUUCACUCAAGGAGGAGUGGGAGAUCAUUUCCCCCGACGACAACGAAACAGACAGAAAGCCGUGCAUGGGCACCAUUUCCCUAUCGGACCAGUCCUUGGGGGCGGAAGCUCGUGCCACUCUGAUUGUGCAUCCUCAGAGUGAGGGUAAGCAACAGGUUCAACUGAACGCGAUAAGCGUGUCUGUUGAUGCCUAAAAGAAUGUUGUUCCCUCCGAUGAGAAGGAAUUAUGUUUAUGAAAGAUGGAGGGAGGGAGUGGGUCAGUCUGCUGUCUUUGUAUAGCGUUCGUUUGUAUAUUUAAAAAAAGAAACGAAAAAAAAGAAUUGUCCAUCAUGUUGUAUAUAAGUGUCAACGUGUUCCCCCAAAAUGCAAAUUGGUGUCUCCGUACAAGAGACGGGUAACAAUCUCUCUUGUAGGCAUUCAACUCAUUGUCGAAGUAGUUACAUAUAUAUAUAUAUAUAUAUAAUAUGUGAAAUUUCAAUUGUA